UUUCGAGAUUCAGGUUCGACGCUGUUUUGUUUCGCGUCUAGGGGUUUAAGCGUUCUGGGCUAUCGGUUUUUCAGUUCCGGGAGAGGUUACAUUUCAGAUACCGGCCAAUGGUUCUGGCCCAGCGACAGAAAGAAGAGCUGUAAGCUAUUAACCUGCUUCCUGACGUAUCUGGUUUAGGAAUAGGGCCAUUGUGGAUUAUCUCAGUUCCAAUGGAUAUCACAACGCGCUUACCGCAUUCAAGGAGGAAGCGAGUAUCGUAUGUCUUCAAUUUUCGUUAAAUUUUCCUAUAGGAGGGUGAGAUGGAUAGAAAGUUUUCUGGAUUACUCGAGAAAAAGUGGACUUCUGUUAUACGACUGCAAAAGAAAGUUCUGGACUUGGAAGCAAAACUGCUUGAAGCGGAACGGGAGAUGCAGUCAGUUCAAGCUGCUGCCGGAUAUGGACCCCCUGGAGCUGCUCCCGGUAGUGGUUUAACGGGCCGUGGUGAUCGUCGUGGGGCUGAUGCCAUUCCUCGACCGCCUGCAAGAUUCACUCUAACCGGACAUCGUUCGCCGAUCACUCGUGUCGCUUUCCAUCCGCAUUACAACGUGUUUGUUUCAGCCAGUGAGGACGCCACGAUUAAGGUCUGGGACUACGAAUCUGGAGAGUUUGAGCACACCCUGAAGGGACAUACUGACUCAGUGCAGGAUGUCGCGUUCGAUCCAUCUGGCAAACUACUCGCUUCUUGUUCAGCCGAUAUGCAAGUCAAGCUAUGGGAUUUCACUCUUUAUCAAUGUGUGAAGACUUUAGCAGGACACGACCACAAUGUAUCCAGUGUCGCCUUCUUACCCUCCGGUGACUUUUUGGUCAGCGCUAGUCGUGACAAAACCAUAAAGAUGUGGGAAGUUGCAUCCGGGUACUGUGUAAAGACUUUCAGCGGCCACGCUGAGUGGAUUCGUGCCGUGCGACCAAGUCCCGAAGGAAACCUUCUUGCUAGUUGUUCCAAUGAUCAAACAAUUCGAAUAUGGUCAGUAGAGACUCGAGAAUGUCAAAUGGUUUUACGUGGCCACGAGCAUGUGGUUGAGUGCAUCGCUUGGGUAACGCAUCCGAACAGCGUGCAGGCUAUCACAAACCCCAAUGCACCCGCCACAUCUUCCCAGAAUGUUGACAAUGCAAACGCGGCGGUGAUUCACAAUGGGCCGUCUGCCACCGGAGACACUGUACCACUGCCGGCCAGCACAUCGACGGUCUUCCUUGCCUCUGGUUCCCGAGAUCGUUCCAUCCGUAUGUGGGAUAUAAACACGGGAAUGUGUCUGUUCGAACUGAUAGGACACGAUAACUGGGUCCGUCAGUUGGUUUUCCAUCCCCAAGGGCGACUUCUGUUGUCUGCUUCCGAUGAUAAAACCGUACGUGUCUGGGACCUGAAGAAUCGGCGCUGUCAAAAAACCCUCGAGGCCCAUUCUCAUUUCGUAACCACACUUGAUGUCAAUCGGAUAGCACCCGUCGUGAUCACUGGUAGUGUUGACCAGACAGUGCGAAUCUGGGAUUGUCGAUAAUUCAUGAGGGGAAGCACGUUGCCAACGGACGCCAAAACACUUCCCACUGGAGAUGGUGAUUGGCUCACCAGUGAUGCGCGCACCGUUCAUCCAGCUGCACGCACAUCUAACUCGACAUUGGUGAUGACACUGUUGGACGGUGUGUCUGCCCAUCCUGGUCUCCUCAUCGUCGUUAUCUUAUGUAUAGUUACUUUCACUCCCACUCCCCGCCUUCCAUCUCUGCCAAACCGAGUUCUUUUCGUUUUAACUCCUUCGUGGUGAAUUGUAUGUGCGCUAUGCCCUCAAUUACACAGAUUAUGUUGAAUUCCCCAAUCUUCCCCAUCAGAUUCGGUGUAUAUCGCACUCCGGCGCUCGAACAUCCCCCCACCCGACUCUCCUAAAAAGGUUUUGGAUUUAAUUUGAAAAACAUCUACCCACUCCCAGAUUGCUGGCUUUGUGUUAUUGGGUCACCAUCCAGAGAUUUGUCACACUCCUGCUUUCCGUUCUAUCUGAUUCUUUUUUUGUUUCGUCAUCAAACUGGAUGGCUCUGGCUAGUAAACCAUUUCUACGGCUUUGGAUCAGUCGAUUAUUUCUCACUUGUUUACCCUGUGCUGUUAUGUCUUCCCUUUGCACACACACACACCGAGUUUUUUGCUGACUCCAGGUGGUGUUCUCGCUCACCAUUCGUGAUUAUCGACUGAGGCAUUUAUUGUGUGUCCAAAUGCGGGUGUUUUGUCGCUGACUUCAGCUUAACCGUCCCUUCCCUUGCUGUUCAUUCCUAUUACGUUUCUUUUCUGAUCUCACUCGGCUGUUCGUUUGUUUGUUUUCCCAUUAUACAUACAUAGGCUAAUGCAUACUUGCGAUCGACGUGGGUAUUAUUUAUCCACCGCGCUGUCUGUUACUAUCUCCUUAGGUCCCGUUCGUCCCAUACGAGGUGAUGCAGGCCUCAAAUCAACUUUGUCCUUAUUAUUUCUUGACUGUGCACUUCACUUCACAUUGUGUGCUUCACUAACCCUCGUGUCCAGCUACUUCUCGUCUUCUUAUUCCGAAACUCCACUUGUUAGGCUGUCUAAGAGAAACUUGUUUGGAGCAGCCAGACGCGUUAGAGGUUUGAGGUUCCCGAUUUUGUUUUUUUUUGUACAUUCAUUCAUUCAUUCAUUCAUCGAUCUAUCGAUUCUUUUCCAUGCAUCCUAUCGGUUUCGCGCAUAAAUUUUCUAUGGCACUUCUGCCAUCCACGAGGACGCUUUCAGUACGAAUGGUCGCACUCAUGUCAUUUGCCUGACUGAUGUUAUUGUGCGCAACACCGCUCCGAGAAUCUGUAGUUGCUAUAUUUGAUGUUCGUCAUACUGGUUAACCCCGGAAAAUCGUGUGUCUCACCCAACA